UCUUACUUGGUACUACUAAAGUCUAAAAAGUGCAUUUUAGCAGAAAAACAACAUUCCAAAAAAAGCAAAGAAGUCUUAAAUAGGAAGCAAGCUUAGUUUUAACUGUUCCUGUGUGUAAAUUAGUACUGAAAUAAAAGUUCAACCCUCCAAGAUGACAAUGAUGGAAUUUUUUGGUUGUACCUUCAUAGCUUUUGGACCCCCUUUUGGAUUAUUUGUAUUCACAAUAAUGCAUGAUCCACUAAGAAUAAUUGUACUUAUUGCGAGUGGAUUUUUCUGGUUGCUUUCAUUAUUGCUAUCAUCAAUAUUGUGGUUUGCUGUUGUACCAUUAAGAGAGGAGUUGGCAUUUGGUCUUGUAUUCUCUGUGAUAUUCCAGGAAAUAUUUAGAUUCUUCUUCUAUAAAUUGUUGAGGAGAGCAGAUGAAGGUUUGCAAAAAGUGAAUCAGACAGAAGGACCAGAGCUUCAUGUUGCCCCUCGUGACAUUACAAACAAAAAUAUUAUGGCAUAUGUUUCAGGGUUUGGCUAUGGAAUAAUAUGUGGAGCAUUCUCUAUAAUCAAUGUUUUAGCAGACAUGGUAGGACCUGGUACCAUUGGUAUCCAUGGAGACUCAAAGUACUUUUUUGUAGCAACAGCUUUUCUGACACUGUGCUUUAUAUUUCUGCACAUAUUUUGGGGAGUUAUAUUUUUCCAUGCCUUGGACAAGAAGAAAUACUACAUGGUAGCCCUUGUUGUAGCUACACAUAUGCUGGUCUCAUGCUUGACGUUACUCAAUCAGAGGACAGUAAAUCGUGCAGAACCACUUUACCUGGCCAGUAUUUUACCAGCCUAUUUUGUCAUGUUAGCCAUGGGUGUUAUAGCAUUCUUCACUGCAGGCGGAUCUGUAGAGAACAUUAAAUCUGCUAUCAGCUGUUGUAAAUCAACAGCUAAAUACCAAAUUGAAUAAUUUGUUUAUAUUG